ACGCCGGGUUGCGUGUCACAGGGCGGUUAUACGUGUGUUCAACUUGAGACGAGGUUUAUCACGAAUAGUCAUCAACUAAGAUGUGAAUUGCAUCCACUUUUUGGAAAUAUAGUACACUGGACGGCUUUACCUGCAUUCUGUCUUGCAUUCUCUUGGUUACAGUUUAGACAAUCAAAAAGUUUAAUUCAUUCGAGGUUAAAGCAAUGUCGUAGUCUGUGACAAGGGAACGGGAAACAAAAGAUGUGCCGAAGUUAGCCACUCUCUUCACACAAUAUUACCUUUUGUUUACAUCGCGUUAUACGAGCUACAAUUUCUAACUCUUUCGGUUAAAAAACCCGGGGGUGUCGCACUUGCAUCCAACAACCAUAGUAACCGGAACCAUAGUACAGGAGCCAUAGCAUCAGGAACUUAAGUAGCCGGAACCGUAGUAACAGAAACCAUAGUAACCAGGGAUGAAGUCCUCUCACAAGGCCGCUGUGUUCUUUCUCAUCGCCGGGUCCGUCGUAGUCACGUUCAACUUGAACAUGCUUAGUUUAAUGUUUCAGGAUAAAUACAGCUUGCCUCUCGAAACAGCAAACCAUCCCAGCAACAACCGGGGUCAUGCUAGAGUGAUGAACGCAGGGAGUCACACAGCGGUCGAAUAUGGACAGCGAAACAAGCCGAAAACGGCCGAAAUUCGUCCUCCGGGGAGUCACGUGACCGUCAGACCGUGGGUCAAUAUACAGAGGCCGGGCCCAGUGGGGAUGAGCCCGGAUAUCGUGGAAGUGUCGCUUGUCACCAGGUGCACGGGACGCUCCAGACAGUUAACAGAGGGCGCCUGCAGCUGCGUUCAUUUCACCGAUCACAACCUCCCGCUGACUAUCCUCCAGAGUUUUCCAGGAGCAGGCAACACCUGGGUCCGCCAUCUUCUUCAAGAAGCAUCAGGUAUUUUCACAGGAAGCGUUUACAAUGACGUCACGUUGCGCGAGAAGGGGUUCCUGGGUGAGGGCCGCGUGGACCCACGGGUUAUUGCAAUCAAGUCACAUUAUCCUUACCGCCAGACUGCGGCUCGGCUGGGGAGGGGUAAGGUAGAGAAGGUGGUCCUCUUGAUGCGCCGGCUGGAGGACGCAGUGAUCAGCGAGUGGAACAGACAAUCCGGCUCACAUACAGGCUUUGUCUCCAAUGACGUUCAACCGAAAGCAUUUGAAAAGUUUGUUCGCCGCUACGUGUCUGUAUUUUGCGACGGGGCUGUCAUGGGGUGGAUUAGGCAAGCGAAGGUCCCCAUGUUUGUGCUGAGGUAUGAAGCUUUAAAGAAGAACCUGGGCGCAGCACUGUCCUCGGUACUAGCCUUUUUAGAGAGCAGCGUCUCUGCUGAGCAGAUGCAGUGCGUCGUGAAAAAUUCUGAGGGGAAAUUUCACCGCAAUCACAAUAGCACAGGGGCCAGUCUGCUCACUGGUGAACUGAAAAAACUCAUUAAAGAUACAGAGGACAAGAUAAAGGCCGCUUUGAGACAGAGGAGAGCGGAGACGCCCCAGCAUACCUGUGGUCACGUGGAGGACGCCGAUCACGUGAUCACCGACAGUCAGCCAGUUCCCAAAAAUUGAAAAUGGCUAUUAA